UUUGUUUAAAUCCAAGAUGGCGGACGUGACGAGUUUUUCUCUGCCAAUUUUUCUAUUUUUUAUAAUUCCUAGUCUUAUUUUAGCGGAUUCUGGUGAACGACACGUUAAAUAUGARUACAAAUACAGCUUCAAGGGUCCACAUUUAAUGAAUAAACAAGGGCAAAUACCGUUUUGGACUUUUGGAGGAAGUGCUAUACCAAGCAAUGAUCAAGUUAGGAUAACGCCAUCUCUUAGGGAUCAAUCAGGUUUUUUGUGGACGGCAAAUAAAUUCUCCAGUGAAUCAUGGGAAAUUGAAGGUCAUUUUAGAGUGACAGGGAGAGGAAGAGUUGGUGCUGAUGGAUUUGCCAUAUGGUUUACAGAGACGGCUGGGAAGCAGGGACCUGUGUUUGGUAGUUCUGACAAGUGGAAUGGUUUGGGAGUUCUAUGUGACUCGUUUGAUAAUGAUGGAGAGCAAAAUAACCCUUUUGUGUCCAUAAUGGUGAACGAUGGUACCAAGGCUUAUGAACACCACAAUGACGGCAAGAACCAACACCUUGGUGGAUGCCUUAGAGACUUCAGAAACCGACCUCAUCCAAUUCGAGUCAAAGUUCGCUAUUAUCAACAUGUUUUGACUGUUUGGUUUCAUUCAGGAAUGAGCACAAAAUCAGAAGACUUUGAAUUAUGUACAAGAAUCGAGAAUGUAAAUUUACCAAAAGAAGGAUACUUUGGAAUAUCUGCUGCUACUGGCGGACUAGCUGACGAUCAUGACGUGCUGUCGUUCAGUACCUUGACUCUAACACCACCUAAAGAGGGGGGCGCACCAGGGACUGGAAUUUCACAAGAAGAGCAAGACAAACUCACUAAACAAUAUGAAGAAUAUCAACAGAAGCUGGAAAAACAGAAGCAAGAAUAUGCUGAGGCUCACCCUGAUAAAGUCAAAAAAGACGAAGAACAGUACGAAUCAGCCUACGAGCGUGACAUUCGCUUGGUCUACGAAGGUCAGAACGCUAUUCACCACAUGCUAAAUCAGCUGCACACAAAGACAGGAGAAUUGACCGUCCAAGCCAACACGUUGCACACCCUGGUUAGUACGGACCAUAACAGAAUGUCGAACAUGGUGACUUCAGAUAAGACGAUCAACAGACAAGAAGUCAACACGAUCAUCAACCUACAACAACAGAUGACUACUAAACUAGAUGAUAUCAAGAAUGCUCUCGGUCGAAUCCAGCCUGGAAGCCUAGACAAGAGAGAUGUUGGCACAUCUGACGUAUCAAGUCAAAUAGGUACCAUGCAGAAUGCCAUGGAUACUCUUCUACAUACAGUGAAUAACAUGGCCUCUAAACAACAAUUCGCAGGCGACAAAAAGAAGGACUGUCCCCCACCCCCACCGAUGCCUCAAUGUAUUGGGCCUGGUUACUUUGUAUUUCUGAUAAUCACUCAAAUUGCCAUGCUAGUCGGUUAUAUAACUUAUCGCAACCAAAAGGAAGCGGCUGCAAAAAAAUUCUUUUAAAUCAAUGUCAAUAGUUUAUAAUUUGGAAUAACGUUUUCUUCACCAUUUGGCUUUACAAUGUUAACAGUUGUUUGGGCUUCCUGUGAUAUUUUAGAAAUUUCUCGACCAAAUUGCAUUGCGGUAUACUUUGAAUCCUGGGGGCCCACAUAUAUGACAUAAGAUAUCACAUAAGACGUUAGAAAAGAUUCAUUUUUCAACUUUUUUUUCGGGUCAUGGUCAUAAGACCUUUCCAGAAAUCACUUGAGAGACCACGAGACAAUGUGUUURAAUUGCCCUAUUUCACUAUGACGUCACUGCUUGUUUAUGUGGGGGAUAGAAUCGCCAAAUCCAAUAGAAAAUUCAACAAAAUUUGCUCCUAGCGAAACAGUUUAAUCUAAAAUGGCUUGGU